AUGACGAAUAUUGAUUUCAAUUUUAAAGAAUUAGAAAACUAUAUGGAUUUAAUAUUUCAAUCUGGAAAAUGUUGGUUAGUUUGAGAAAAAAUAAUGAUAAUUCUAAGUACAAAUGAAUUGAUUUUUAAGGGGAAAGUGGAAUAUGGUUGAGAACGGAUCAAUCACAUUCGAAAAACUCGGAUUUCAAGAAGAUAUCAAAGCUGAAUGUUGUCCAAGCCAUCUCACUUUGUUUAUAACACCAUAUAAUUCUUCAGAGAAUUCACAAAGUUUGAUGGGUAUUAUAUGGGUGAGUAUCAUAAUUUCUAUUUUUAUUAUUUCAAAAAAUUGAUUUUUUUUUCAGUUGGGACAACAAGUCCUUUUCACAAAAAAAGCACAAUUUCAUGAUUUGUGUCAAAUUAUUAUAAAAAGAUAUCAACUACAUUCUGAAUUGUUUGAAUCAAUUGAUGAUACAACAACAUCAUUAUCAUUCAUGUCGAACAAAAAUGAUAAUGAAACAUUUGUGCCAGAAACUGUAAGUUAUAUAUCAACAUAUGUAAAUAAUUUUGGAAUAUUAUUGCAGUUAGCUGAUAUUUCCGCAACAGUAAGAGGAAAACGACAACAUUCAUAUUCAUCUUCGUCAAGUUGUUCUUUGAACAAUACUUCGAAAAAUGAUGGUCAUAAAUUGGAUGAGCUGGAAUUACAACUCAAUUCAAUUUCAUUCAAAACACAUGAAGAAAUUGAACCAAAAACUAUAACAUUAGAUGAAGAAUUGAUAUUAUUGACUGAAGAUGAGGAAGAAGAUGCGGAAGUUGAGGAAAACAUUGAUCAACCAAGGUUUUAUAAUGAUUUGAUGCAUUCUGAGAAAAAUGUCGAAACAAUGUUCAUCGAAAAACACAAAGAGCCUGCAAUGGUCGAAGAAUUUCGAAAAUUCUUGAAGAUGCCAAAAGCAACAAUUGAACAGAAAGUGAGUUGAUAUUGAACUGAUUUUGUAAUGAAUCAUCAACACAUUUCCAGUUUGCUGUCAUAUCAGAACUCAAGAAGGCAAACCCGAAUCUUGUGUAUUUAAACGACACGAAAUUGAAGAAAAAAUUGGGAUCGUCUCUUCACAAUGUAAGUGUGCUAAAUGUUUUCUUUAAUUGUCAGUCAAUUUUAUUUGUUCAGACUGUUUGUAACUUGUGGAAAAUUGAAGAGGACGAGGAGCUUAAGAAGGUUAUGACAGAACUACCGCCAGAACAUUUUAUCAGUGUCCAUUUGUCUCGCGAAUUCUCAAUUAUGUAUAAUGCUCGAAAAAAGAAGGAUAUCUUGUAUUGGAUCAAUAAAUUUGAUGAUGAAACAAAGAGUGAAGAUAUAAAGAGAGUAAGUUUGAAAUAACACCAUCUGUUUUUUAUAACUAUUAUCAUUCAGAUGAUUGUUGCGGAGAAGGCGAAAAACAAGAAGAAGAAGAAUUAG